UCUCUCUAAUCUUCACGGCGAGCACGACAACGAGCGACCCCCCUCCCCCUCCACUAGGGUUUCGUCUCCCCCCACAAUGGCGGCGGCGGCGACGGCGGCCACCACGUCCCGGCGCGGCCCGGGCGCCAUGGACGACGAGAACCUCACCUUCGAGACCUCACCCGGGGUCGAGGUCAUCAGCAGCUUCGACCAGAUGGGGAUCCGCGACGACCUCCUCCGCGGCAUCUACGCCUACGGCUUCGAGAAGCCCUCCGCCAUCCAGCAGCGCGCCGUCCUCCCCAUCAUCAGCGGCCGCGACGUCAUCGCCCAGGCGCAGUCCGGGACCGGCAAGACCUCCAUGAUCUCGCUCUCCGUCUGCCAGAUCGUCGACACCGCCGUCCGCGAGGUGCAGGCCUUGAUUCUCUCACCAACUAGAGAGCUUGCUGCACAAACAGAAAGAGUUAUGCUGGCUAUUGGCGACUUCAUCAAUAUCCAAGUGCAUGCUUGUAUUGGUGGCAAAAGUAUUGGUGAAGAUAUUAGAAAGCUUGAGCAUGGUGUGCAUGUUGUGUCAGGAACACCUGGCAGAGUCUGUGAUAUGAUCAAGAGGAGGACAUUGCGUACAAGAGCCAUUAAGCUCCUAAUUCUGGAUGAAGCCGAUGAAAUGUUGGGCAGAGGCUUUAAGGAUCAGAUAUAUGAUGUCUACAGAUAUCUACCUCCAGAACUCCAGGUUUGCUUGAUCUCUGCAACUUUGCCUCAUGAGAUCUUGGAGAUGACCAGCAAGUUCAUGACCGACCCAGUUCGGAUCCUUGUAAAGCGUGAUGAGUUGACCCUAGAGGGCAUCAAACAAUUCUUUGUUGCUGUUGAGAAAGAAGAAUGGAAGUUUGAUACACUUUGUGAUCUUUAUGAUACACUGACAAUCACCCAAGCUGUCAUUUUCUGCAAUACGAAGAGAAAGGUUGAUUGGCUUACGGAAAGAAUGCGCAGCAAUAACUUCACGGUGUCAGCUAUGCAUGGUGACAUGCCUCAAAAGGAAAGGGAUGCCAUUAUGGCUGAAUUCAGGUCUGGUGCAACCCGUGUUCUAAUUACGACAGAUGUGUGGGCUCGAGGCCUGGAUGUUCAGCAGGUCUCUCUUGUCAUAAACUAUGAUCUCCCAAAUAAUCGUGAACUUUAUAUCCAUCGCAUUGGUCGAUCUGGACGUUUUGGUCGCAAGGGUGUGGCGAUCAAUUUUGUCAAAAAGGAAGACAUCCGUAUCCUGAGAGAUAUUGAGCAGUACUACAGCACCCAGAUUGAUGAAAUGCCAAUGAAUGUUGCUGAUCUAAUUUGAGUGCAGGAGUGGCACUAUCAUGUUUGAUCAUCUGGUCUGGCAACAACUGUGCUUGUUUGUUGUGAUUUUGGUUGACAUGUUUUGCCGUGACUGUAUUGCUGUGAAACUUAAAAUGGGUUGCUGAGUCUAACACUAGUGACUGGUUUCGUUUCUUCUUUGGCUUGUGACAUGAUCUGUAUAUAUUUUAGCGCCAGCUCAUGCAACACUAUUAUUAGAUUUCUUCCCUGAAUACGUGACUUUGUUCACUAUUUAUGGCAACAAGGAUUUGAUGUUGGUUUCUCGUUGAUGA